AUGAGCGAUCAAGAUUCUAAAGAACCCCAAUACAACGUAUCAAUAUGUGCGGUGGAACCCAGUGACAUCGAUGACCUCGUCACGAUCCAUACUGCCGCGUUCACAUCCGACCCGUUUUCGAACUUAAUGCUUGUGGGUCGUGAAGAAGGCGCCCACCAAAACCUUAUGCGCAAGUCGAUCCUUCACUGGCUAUCGAACCCCUCUACUACCAAGAUCUUCAAAGCAGUCGAGGGGAAUGGAAACAUCCUCGGCUGGUCGUGUUGGGUUGCGAAGGAACUAGAACGGAAGAACCUGGAGGAGAACAAGUCCUCUGAGGCACCCUCUGAUCCAAACCAUCGCAAGGAGAAAGCACGCCCUGCCGAUGAUGCUCCUCGAGACCCUGCGCGAGUGUUGGGUGGAAUCAUGCACAAAGAGAUGACUUCAUGGGAAUCUCAACACAUGGGAGGGAGCAAGUACAUGGUUCUGCAAGCCUUGGCGACGCAUCCCGAGUUCCAAGGUCGGGGCAUCGGGACCAGGCUGGUCCAGCAUGGACUUGAGGAAGUCGACUCACAGAAUCUUGCAUGCUGGAUUCAUGCCUCGCCCUCAAGUUACAAACUUUACGAAAAGGCUGGAUUCCAAGAGGUUGAGAAGAGUGACUAUGAUCUUGCUCAGUGGGCACCAGUAGGGACAGGCGGCGAACUUGGCUGGGGGACAUAUACGUUUCGUUAUAUGCUUCGCUCUGUAAGAAUAUAA